AUGGUGGAGGGGCUUCACCAUUUCAAACUUCUCGGAGUUCCUGUAAAUGCGACAAAAGAAGAAAUUAAAAAGGCGUAUCGUUUGAAAGCUCGAGAUUGUCAUCCUGAUAGAAACCCUUCUGCAGAAGCUCACGAGCUUUUCAUCAAACUAAAAGAAGCCUUCGACUUCCUCGCUGAGGGCGAUAAAGGAGUCAAAGUUGAUCAAGACACUGGGAGAUCGGAGAAACUCAGGAAAGAAUAUGAAGAGAAGAAGAAGGAGGGCAGAAAGCGGGCAUCGCGCUUUUCCGAAAAGCCUUCAGGAGCCAGCUCUGGGACGCAAGCACCUUCCGCUGGUAGCAACAGUGGGCUGAUCAGAUUAAAACUGAACUGGAAUACAAACCGCUCCAAGUUUACAACAAAACACUUGAAAAGAAGCUUAAACGCGUUUAUGGUCGAGGAGAGUGGAGCUAUCAACUGUGCAAAUGGCUCCGUCAUCGCGCAUUUUGUCAACGACGAAGAAGCUCUUUCUGCCCAUCAAAAGUGCUACGAAAUGAAGCCAUCCGCAAUCAAAGUUACAUGGAUAAGUGAAAUGCCCAAAGUAGCGAGAGACCUAUUGAAACAUAUUGAAGACUCCGAAGAUGAAUGCGUUAUCGUCGAGCCGAAAAAGAAAAAGAAGAAGAAAGAAAAGACCAAAUACGAUAGGGGAUACUACAAGGACAUCCACGACCAUGAAAUGCGGGAGGAAGAGAGGAGAAAGCGAGAGCGAGAUAUUGAGCGACAAUGGACAUCACGCGCAAACAGAUGA